GUCAAAAGAAGAGAAGUCACCUUGCUGAAGGCAGUAGCGUACCAACUAAUACAGGAAAACCGUGAAAUUUACGUGUUGGAAGAGACUGCGAAAUUAUGAAUUCUUCGAAAAGGAGUGAAAGUGACUGGCAAGGCCUGGUGAGCGAGUUCCUGGUGUGUAAGCGUAAACUAGACAGCAAGAAGGAGGCCCUCCUGAUCCUGUCCAAAGAGCUGGACACCUGUCAACAGGAGAGAGACCAGUAUAAGCUGAUGGCCAACCAGCUGCGAGAACACCACCAAGGACUCAAGAAAAAGUACAGGGAGCUCAUUGAUGGCGAUCCUUCUUUACCACCUGAAAAACGCAACCAGGUGAACUUGGCUCAGCUGCUGAGAAACGCAAGGGAGCGAGGGAAACAGCUAGUCGAGGAGGUGAAGGAGCUAAAUCAGAGACUGGCAGAGGCCCAGGGGGAUAACAAGCUGCUGAGGAUGACAAUCACUAGACAGAGGCUGGGGGAUGAGGAGGUGGGGGCACGCCACUUUCCCGCCCAUGAGAGAGAAGAUCUGGUCCACCAACUGGAGAAGGCAGGGCUACAGAUGGAGGAGCUGGAGAACAGUGUUAAGGCACUGACUGAUGAGCUGGAGGACGUUAAGGCAGAGCGUGGCGUGUUCAGCGAGAAGGCUGAGCGCCUCAACCUGGAGCUCAACCAUAUCCUGGGUGGCCACGAGACCCGGAUCAUCGAUGUGGAUGCCCUCUGUAUGGAGAACAGGUAUUUACAUGAGCGGUUCAACCAAGUCCAAGAGGAAGUGAACUUGCUGAAGUCUAACAUCAUGAAAUACAAGACUGCGUUGGAGAGGAGGAAGAGCUCUAAAUUGUCUGGGAAGUCCAACAGCAGUGCUCUAACAGGAGUCCUCUCUGCCAGACAAGUGCAGGAGUUGUUGUCUGAGGAGCAGGGCUGCAGUCUCCCGGCCACGCCCCAGUCCAUCUCUGACCUAAAGUCCCUAGCCACGGCCCUGCUAGAGACCAUUCAUGAGAAGAACCUGGUCAUUCAGCACCAGAGACACACCAACCGGAUUCUGGGGAAUAGAGUUGCUGAGCUGGAGAGGAAGUUGAAGACAUUAGAGGUGUCCGGCUUGUGGAGUCUUCCAGGCCUGACCUACCACGUUUCUCUGGGAAUAGGGAGGGGACGAGACAACAUUAUGCUGAGCGAGAGCCAGCGACCCGAGCUCCUAUCGCCCAGCAUCACGCCGUAUCCACCUCAGCCCCACACGCGCGCAGCAACACAGCCACCUAAAGACGACAGAAUGGGAGCAUCGUCGUGGGAACGGGCCACAGCUGGCGGUGACUUUGGCGCAGAUGGCGUCGGCGGGGAGGGCGCACCCGAGCCCAGUGACGGGGCGGAGGCUAACUGCAUCUGCCUGAGUGACAGGCGGGGAGUGGAGAUUGUGACGCUGUCGGAGGAGCAGGCUGCCGCGGAGCUGGAAGAGGGGCACAGUCCCGUGGAGGAGGAGGGGCAUGAGGUGAAAGUGGACGAGGAGCUGGGCUCCACAGUGGAGGAGGGAGAGGAGGCAGCCCUGGCGCUUGAUGCCCCACCCUUAGAGGCGGAGUCAGACUUGGGUAACCUCCCACAGCUGCCUGUAAGGCAAGCUACCAUAGAUGACACCCUUGAGGCGGGUCAUUUGACCUGCCAUGAUCAAGCAGUGGAGCCUACAGGACUCCCUAACACAGAAGAUGCCUCUAAGCCAGCUUCCAUAUUCAAGACCCCAGACUGGGGUGGCACAGAUGGAUGGGACCUGCACUGUCAAUCAGGACAGAGUGACAGUUGCCAUAGCGACAAUCAUUGAAAAGUGAAGUUUGUCUUGGCUGCAUUACUACUAACUAGCAACAUUUCCACAAUGCAGACCAACACCCCCCCCCUUUGUGCUCCCAGCCAUUCUUUGCAUGAGUCUAUAGAUGGAUAGAGAGAACACUUUCUCAGCCUCCCAUUGACAGUCAGUGCCUGAAGUGUACUUUGCAUCUAGAUAGUGUUGUUGCUCUGAAAAGAGCAGACAAUCCUGAAAUCAAUCCACUUGCAAGUCUAAUGUCCUACAGGAGUAAUUUAGCAAAGAAAAUAGCAAAGAUGGCAAAGUCCCCCCGCAAACUGCCUCCAUGGUAGGAUAAUCCCAGCUGUUUGCUUCCUGUUUAUUCCUAAGGGUUGCUAGUUAAAUGAGAGCUGUUUUAUUUUUUUUUCCGUUGCCCACAUACAGGAGCCAUUGUGAGUUAGUGUGAUGAAUGUAUUAGAUUUGCAUGGAAAUCUGUGAAGAACAUUAUUCGAGAGUUUGUAAUGUAUUUGUAUUAUUGUAGCUUUAUGUAUAUAGAUUAUAGUUACAGUCACUAAUCAAUUAUGGAGCCGUUUUCUUAUUCUGUUUCUAAUGGAAAAGUAGAUGUUGGCUUGUGACUGCAUGUGCCUUAUAUACACUGGAAUAUUUCAUUUUACAUUUUUAAAUCCUUUUGAAGGAGCUUGACUGACUUUUUGAAUGUCAUAUCUUGCAGUGUCACAUGUCUAACUUGUUGCAUAGGAGCACAGACAUAUAAUCAAUAUGGGCCUCAGUGCUGCCUGAGGAAUGUCAAUGUCCUUGUUUUCACAACCAACUGAUUGUCAUGGUUGUCUACUCUUAUAAAGCUUUGUUUACCAGCUGCAUAACCACACACACACACAGUCUUACUACACUUUUGUAAAUAAACACAUUGACUAAUUUUGUCACACAAA